AUGGAGGUAACUGACUUGAUGAAGAGACAACGAGGCAGGGUUGACUGCGAGCGCGGCGAUCAGGAUCUGGCGAUAGAUCCUGGCGUGGACGUACCGCCCAGUCUUGAUGAGUGUUGUUCCAAAAAGGAUCAACCGGCGGUUACGGCAUGGCCAGGCUGCAGGAUCGAAAUAUUCUGGCGCGCUCGGGCUACCGCCGAGCAUAAAGAUAAGAACGCGGCCCAUUCAAAUUAUCGGCCAUUAAUAUAUCUUUAUGCUUUUGGUCGGGACAUCCUCAUCGUCAAUGAGGCUAGUGCGGCCACGGACCUGUUGGAAACGAAGUCUACGCUUUAUGCCCGCCGUCCAACUUGGUCAAUGGUGGCUCUCACUGGACGGCAAGACAAUAUCGCAUUCAUGGAUCAUACUGACAGGCAGAAGAAGGCCCGGGUGAUCCUUCAAGCUGGUUUCAAUCCAAAGGCGCAAAGGUCUUGGGGCCCAGUCCUUGAAGAAGAGACUACCAGCUUAAUGCUGCAGAUGGCACAAUCUCCGGAGCUGUUUAAGCAGCAUAUUCGAAGGUAUCUUGGGUCUUUCAUUACUCGAUUUACAUACGGGACAAAAGUAGAAGAUCACGAACUCAAACUGGGGGACGAAAUUUCAGUUCACACUCAACAAGCUUUGCGGCCUGGACGCUGGCUUGCUGAUACUGUGCCUCUAGUAUUGUAUUUACCGGACUGGUUCCCUGGAAUGGCUUUCAAACCAUGGGCGAGGGAUGCUAGGACAAAGUUCAUGGAGUAUACUGCACGCCCUUUCCGACAGGCACGCAGUUCUGUCGUACGUUUAUAUGUUGUAUCGUAUCCUACUUAUAACGAACAUGACACGAAGCUCGACGGUACUGAGAUGCGGGGAAUGGUGCCCGACGCACUCAACGACAUCAUCGCAGGCACGUCAAAAUAUAAGGAGGAAGAGCUCAUCUCUGCAGCAUCAAGCAUCUAUACAGCCGCGAUAGAGACUACAUACGCGGUAUUCAUGGACUUUUUGAUAUUGAUGAUGGCGCACCAAGAUGUUCAAGAAAAGGCUUACCGAGAGAUUAUGAGCGUCACUGAGUCUACUAGACUGCCCCUGCUGUCUGACAUGGCUGCGUUGCCAUACGUCGAUGCGGUGAUAAGAGAAGUUCAUCGCUUUAAUCCCGUGACACCUAUGAUCCCAAGGUCGCCCAUGCAAACCGACUCGUACAAGGGCUACCGUAUUCCCAAAGAUACCUGGGUGAUGUUCAACAUAUGGGCAAUGACUCACGACGCGAGCAUCUACCGAGAUCCUCAUCAAUUUACGCCUGAGCGUCAUUUGCCUUUGGGGCAUGAAAGCAGCGCCAAGGAUCCCCGAGACUUCACGUUUGGAUUUGGAAAGAGAAUAUGCCCUGGAUUGAACCUUGCAAACGUACAGAUCUUCUUAUUCGUCAGUCAAUUUCUGGCUACUUUCGAAAUCAGACCGCCGUUGAAAGACGAUGGCAACGAAGAAGAGGUGGUCCUUGAAUAUACGUCGAGUUUUGUGAGUGUCGUAUCAUACCGCGUAGCGGAAAUGCGAUUCUAUAUUGAACCUCUUUUGCGGAUGAUGUGCACCCAACACCGCCUGAUUGGGCUAGGUAAGGCAGAUUUGGCAAUCAUUUCGUCAUCCAGCUUGUACAACGCGUACCGCUCGAGUGCCGGCAAGUCUGAAUGGAAAGGCAUAUGA